CAAGUGAACUCUGAAGCAUAGUGAUCCCAUGACACAGGAUAUGAACCUCACAUCCCAUGUUAGGGUUAGUAUUCAUUGGGCAUCGAGAAUCUUCGGACGGGGGCUAGACGGCUUCAGUUUAACAUAGUCUGACGGAGCAGCAGAUUGUAUUUGGCGAUAAAGCUUCGGAGGGCAGGGGAGUGAUUGCGAACUGUGGCGAGAUCGUGCGUCUGGAUUGGCAGGAGCAGCAAAAAUCAUAAUCUGGCGUCAUGGGGAAUAAGCCUGCAAAGCAAGAGACUAGGAAGGAUGAGAUCUUUGCAAGAGUCAUGCCUCCACUAGACCAAGCCUUUGUUAGAUGGCUUGCUCGCGAUGUCAAAAGAUUGCAUGCUUUCGCCCCAAGAAAUCCUCGUGCCAUAAAGCCACCGGAUCAUUAUAUAGAGUACAUGCGGCUGUAUGGUUGGCUGGAUCUCGACAUGGAUGAUCCGGACCUGGCUUGUUUGAUUAAGUAGUUUGUCUCGCCUUGCUAUGUACAUGAUGCAAGUGUCUCUCUGGUUGUUUAGUGGAUUUCACAAAUCGAGAUUGCAACUUCACUUA